UGGCCAAAGUUUGGUUCGAAUAUUUUAUUUCUUAUAUUUCAUUUAGAAAGAUUUAUAAGUAUUAUUAUUAUUUUGAAUUUAAAUCGAAUAUGUACUAGUAUAAAAUAUUAUUGGUGAAUUAAAAUAGAGAAAGUCAAUGUCUUGCCUAUGAAAGUCUAUUCAAAAAUGGCGUGCUUUUAAUUUUCUUUAGUUUCUGAAGCUCAUAGAGGCGUAUGGUGUUGAGUUGCCGUGAGAAAGAUCAUUUCUUUAAUGUCAAACGUAUAGCUGUACUUGUAGGCUAUACUACUAAAGCUUCAAUAACAUGUGCAAAGUGCAAACCCACAAUAUCAAUGCACUUGUUUUUACUUUUUGAAAGCGGUGAACUGUAUCGCACAGAAACUUGUCGAGUCAUAUAUUUCAACAUUUCAUUUCCGUUCUCAUAAAUACUUCUAAAGUUCCACAACUUUAUAUUUAUAAUAUAUUCUUAUAAGAACGUAAUUGUUUGUUUUUUUAUUUCAGCAUUUUCGUUUUUAACGAUUUCGUUGUGAUAUCAUUCGGGUUGUUGGUAGAAAGUGUGAAAAACUCUAAAUGGUUGACCAUUGACUUGAAGCAAGAAUAAGACAAUGACAACUACAAAUUUUGAAUUGUUUAAGAUGAUAAGAGUUUGAAAGAAAUUACCUUUGAGUUUUUAUAUUUCUAUGUGUAGCACACGUUAUGCUUGUUCUUCUUGACAGAAGAAGAAAAACACCAUGACAACAAGUCCUUUUUUCCUAGAAGCUUACCAUCAACCUAACAGAAGCUCAGAACAAUCUACUCUUCCAAUCUGAACUCUUCCCAAAUGUCGAAAUUAACCUUUGUAUUGUCAGUUUACUUCUCUGUCCUUCUCAUUUCCGUCGUACUCGGCCAUGUCGAGUCGGAUCAGCUUUAUGAUAAAGAAGAAGCAACUCUGUUAAGAUUAAAGAAGCACUGGCAAAAUCAAAAAAGUCUCAGUCAAUGGACGCCAUCCUCAUCUCAUUGUAACUGGUCAGGAGUAAAUUGCAGCAACAAUUCUGUUACUGUACUGGAAUUUCCGAAUGUGAACAUAUCUGGAACAAUCCCACCGUUCAUCUGUGAGCUCAAGAACCUAAGAGUUCUUGAUCUUGGGAACAACAGCAUCUAUGGAACAUUUCCUUUGGUUCUCUAUAACUGCUCCAAGCUCGAAUAUCUAGAUCUUUCUCAAAAUUACCUUGCUGGCACCAUUCCGGAUGAUAUUCAUCGUUUGUCUCAGCUAUUGUUCCUUAAUCUUUACGCUAAUGAGUUCACUGGUGAUAUUCCGGUGGGUAUUGGGCAGUUACAGAAGCUCAGGUCUCUUCAACUUCAACAGAAUCACUUUAAGGGUACUUUCCCGGUGGAAAUUGGUAACUUGUUUAACCUUGAAGAGCUAAUGCUUGGCUACAAUAGUUUUAUGCCAUCUACUUUCCCAUCCAAUUUCACUCAGUUGACGAAACUUAAGCAGUUAUGGUUUGCCGACUCGAAUCUGAUCGGGGAGAUUCCGGAAAUGAUUGGGGAAAUGGCAGCACUGGAGUUGCUGGAUUUAUCGGACAACAAAUUAACUGGGAAUAUCCCCAACAGUUUGUUCACAUUGAAGAAUUUGACUAUGCUGUAUCUUCACAAUAACAAGCUAUCUGGAGAGAUCCCUCGCAUUGUUGAAUCUCUGAAUUUGGUGAAACUUGAUCUUUCUGGAAACAAUUUGACAGGAACAAUACCCGAUGACAUUGGAAAGUUGGAAAAUUUAUCAUUUCUGGCUUUGUUCUUCAAUGAACUAUCAGGUGAAAUCCCUGCUAGCAUUGGCCGUCUUCCAGCACUGACUCAUCUUAAGGUGUUCAACAAUAAUUUAUCUGGUACCCUUCCGCCUGAGUUAGGUCUUCAUUCAAUGCUUAUAGAGCUUCAGAUUUUGUCAAACAGGCUUUCAGGCAGGCUGCCUGAAUUUUUAUGCAAUGGAGGCAAGUUAAUAGGAGUGGUAGCAGAAGACAACAAUUUCAGCGGAGAAUUGCCGAAUUCACUUGGAAACUGCAGUAGUUUGCUGAUGGUAACAGUUUCACGCAAUGCAUUUUCCGGUGAGAUUCCUGUCGGCCUAUGGACAUCUUCCAAACUGGAAACACUCACGCUGAGCGAUAAUAGGUUCUCGGGUGAGCUUCCGAAUGAAGUGUCAAGGAAUCUUUCACGUCUUGAAAUAAGUAACAACGGGUUUUCCGGUAAACUUCCGGCUGGAGAUUCUUGGAGGAGCCUGGUGGUCUUCAUUGGAAGUAAUAAUUCUUUUACUGGUACAAUCCCUCAAGAGUUUACUGCUCUUCCUCGUCUUACUACUCUUUUGCUUGAUAGGAACCAACUUAGUGGACCCCUUCCAUCAGAUAUAAUCUCAUGGAAGUCGUUGGAUACUAUAAACAUGAGUCAUAAUCAACUUGCCGAGGAAAUUCCAGAUGGAAUUACUUCUCUGCCUCGCCUUCUUCAACUCGAUUUGUCAGAUAACCAACUUUCCGGAAAAAUUCCAACUCAAUUAGGAUCAUUGAAGUUUACCUUUCUCAAUCUAUCUUCCAAUCAUCUCAUAGGGGAAAUCCCAAGUCAGCUUGAAAUCUCUGCUUAUAGCAGCAGUUUCUUGAACAAUCCUGGUCUUUGUACGAGCAGUUCGCUGUUAAACCUUCAUAUCUGCAAUUCCAGACUUGAAAAGUCAAGCAAAAGUUCCACCAGAUUGAUAACCUUGCUUUCGAGUAUUAUUGCAGCAGCCUUUGUGCUGGCUCUGAUAGUUUCGUUCAUGAUAAUCAAAGUUUACCAGAAGAGAAAACAGCGAUCCAUUUCGACAUGGAAGUUCACCUCAUUCCAUAACUUGAAUUUCAACGAAUCAGAUAUACUUUCAGGAUUAACAGAAAGCAACGUAAUCGGAAGUGGAGGAUCCGGAAAGGUAUACCGAGUUGUUAUCAAAAGAUCAGGUCUCAUUGUUGCUGUGAAAAAGAUUUGGAAUGACAAAAAGUUUGAUCAAAAGCCUGAGAAAGAAUUCCAAGCUGAAGUUGAAAUACUAAGUACAAUAAGGCAUCUGAACAUAGUGAAGCUGCUUUGCUGUAUCAGCAAUAACGAGACGAAACUUCUGGUUUAUGAGUAUAUGGAGAAACGCAGCCUCGAUCAAUGGUUGCAUACGAAGAAGAGAUCAAGAAAUGCCAGCGGCUCAGUCUGUCAUGCUAACCUAGACUGGCCUAGCAGGUUCAGAAUUGCAGUGGGAGCUGCUCAGGGCCUAUCGUACAUGCAUCAUGACUGCUCGCCACGUGUUAUCCAUCGAGAUGUGAAAUCGAGCAAUAUCCUGCUAGAUUCUGCCUUCAAUGCGAAAAUUGCUGACUUUGGUCUAGCCAGGUUGUUGAUUCAGCAAGGAGAAGCUACAGUCUCAGCUGUCGCAGGGUCUUUUGGUUAUAUUGCUCCAGAGUAUGCACAAACAUCCAAAGUGGAUGACAAAAUUGAUGUCUACAGCUUUGGUGUGAUUCUGCUAGAAUUGACAACCGGUAAAGAGGCCAAUUUUGGUGAUGAGAAUUAUUGCCUGGCGGAAUGGGCAUGGCGUCACGUAAACCAAGGAAAGCCGAUAGCCGAUGUGUUAGAUAAGAAGAUAAUGGAAGCUUUUUAUUUGGAUGGUAUGUGCAUUGUAUUCAAGGUUGGAGUGAAAUGUACAAGUAAAAUGCCUUCUGCUAGACCUUCCAUGAGAGAGGUCUUGCAAAUCCUAGUUCAAUGCAGCCAACCACUUGACUACGGAUUAAAGAGCAUUGGUUUCGGAAGAGAUAAUGAUGCGGUCCCGUUCCUUAAGAAUUCAAAUCCUGAGGAACUAUCAGGCAGUGAUGAUAAUGUGUGAUCUCUCUCCAGUUACAUCUUUUUAUCUACCGAAACGGCCCCAAAACACAUAGUAUAAAUUUCGGAAACGAAGAAGAAAUGCAGCUUCCUCCUGUUUCUGUGUAUCAUAAUUUCUAUGUAUCAUAAGUAGCAACUAAAUCAUAUUCAUAUCACAUGCUCAGAUAGAGAUAACAUAGAUUUUUAAUAUAGAAGAUUGGAUCUUUUUUUUUUCA